AUGGCCGAUUACUGUUACCCGCAGGCCUCUUCGACUGGCUCUCCGUGGUGCCCAGAAAAUGCCUUGUAUGACCAAUCCUUCAGCAUGCAAGACCUGGCCCGUGCUUUCCCUCGGCCGCGACAUACUCGUGUGAUGAAGCCGCGGAGUGCAGGGAACAGUCCUUCCUCAGCAGUUCGACGGAGGGCUGUUGGGAAUUCCAAUACUAUGUAUGGUCUGCCCAGCCAAUAUCAGUCCUCGCUGCAGGCCGCUAUCCUUGCAUCCGCUGCACAAAGUCAACGCCCAACUAGUUGGCAUCCAUCGUCCACCAGAUCCCGGGGUAUCUCUCACCCGCCAUAUGCAGCCGGCCCUCUUCCAGAGAACUAUGGUGUCGAUCAAAUCAACGACUCAAGUCUCAACCUUCUGUCCGUUUAUGCCAAUGACAACACCUCCGCCUACUCGAUACCUGAAGGGCCCGCGAUGUCUCCAGAAGGCUACGUUCCUUUCUAUCUGGACAAUCAAGAGGCCACGGCACCUCUGCCCACGCCAGCACUUUCGAUUCCAAGCUCGCAGGUCGAGUCAAUGGCAUGGGACACCGUUCCUACUCCCGCUGAUUAUUCAAUGCAACCAACUACUUCCGACGGCUGGUCUCUCGACAUGCUGUCAAUGGCCAACAUCCCCCCUGCGGAAACCACCUGUCCCAGCUAUGUCAGUGUGCCAUCCCCAGGCGACUUCAGCGGCCCCUCAACCCCCAACUUCUUGCCCAUCCAGCAAUUCGACGAAGUUCCCGCCCAGGCCACAAAGAACGAGAAGGAAGAAGAAUUGGUCGGCAUGGGCCUGUACAAUCAACCGGACGGAUCUUUCAGCCAUUCCCAGCAGGGUCUUCUCGGCAAGGGGUUGAAGCUGGAGGACUCUUUCUGUCCAUCGGACGAAGAGAAGGAUGACGAAGUGGAAGAGGAGCCCGAAGCUGCCCCGCACAUGGCGCCUGAGCAAGCGCCCGUGCAGCAGAUGUCUCUUCCUAAACAGCCCUCCAAGCAGGCUUUGAAUCUGCUCCACCGAUCUUUUUUCUUUGACACAGACGAUCAACUGGAUCAGCAGACAAUGACUGCAGCGCAGCCAUUCGUCAACCUUAACCAAUCGUGUAUGAGCUACGGAUACGGGUGGAUUUGA